CUCAGUGGGAACAGCCUGUGGACGAAGAGCCACCAGCUGAUAAUAAUGAAAUCAAACGGCUAGUACAACACAUUCAUUUACAGGAGACCAGUUGCCAGCUACAUCAUCGGUGCCCUAUAUCACACAAAAUUUACUACCAUUAGGGACAAGUCAGAACUUGAGGUACCUGUUUAUCUACAUGCUCUAUCAUUCAAUUACUAAAACAUGAGAAAUUCUACUUUUUUCUAUGUAUAAAAAGGUGGGUACACUUUAUUGGACAACAUCUACAUUACUGUUUCACUUCUUGCCGUUUAGUGCCCAACCCUUCAGAAUUCCUCCGCAAAAUGGCUUGGCCCAGCUUCCUGCGGAAAGCUCCUCUCCGACCCGGCGUUGUUGCCCGCCCCAACCCAGCAAAGACAUUCUAUGUCUCUGCUGCAGCUACCUACCAUACUUUUUACCUCUGCUCCUCUAACCAAAAUUAUUUCUCCACAUUACCUCUUCUUCGCUCGCGCACGCUACCACCCAUGUCAACUGUACACAGCUGCUUGGACAUGGCACCAACCAAGCAUUUGUACGAUACGGACCAAUCAACAACUCCACUGUGCACUGAGGGAAACAUGGGCUUCUCUGGUUUCAAUCUUUCAACCUCAUUUUGGUCUUCUAUUGGAAUUGGUAUUCUUUCUCUCUCUAUUCCCAGAUUCACCCCCAAUUCUUCCACCACUUUUUAAUUUUUGCUUCCCCCUCUUCCCCCUCCAUCUUCCUCUAUGGAGAAUUUGCUAGGGUAAGUGGCAAAACCCUCAAAGCUGCAGGGGUUGCUCUGUUGCAAUAUAUAUAUAUAUAUAUAUAUAUAUAUAUAUAUAUAUAUAUAUAUAUAUAUAUAUAUCAGCUGAAGAAAUCAGCUUAGUUCAGACUGCCACUUGGCAAUCAACAACUGGCCUAUUAUAAACCAAAACUUUUUUUAAUAACGGCUAAUAGGACUUAUGAAAGACGGCGUAGUUUAGGUAAUAACAACUAAAGCAACAACAGAACGGUAGUGUUUUGAUUCUUCUCCUUCUUCACUUCGCUUCAGCUUUCCAAUCCUUCCAACAUCAGGAUUCCAGGUCAGUUGACACCCCCCUUCAAGUUGUGAGUGCUCUUCUUCACUCCCAACUUGUCCAGAAGUUCCUUCAGUCGAAUCCUGUGCAAACCCUUGGUGAAUAUGUCUGCAAGUUGAUUGAUUGUACUUACAUGGAAUAGCUUGAUCAAACCAAUCUUCAAUCUUUCUCUUGUAACGUGCAUAUCAAUCUCAAUGUUCUUAGUUCUUUCAUGGAACACAGGGUUCUCGGCUAUGUGGAUUGCAGGUUUGUUGUCACAGUAUACAGCAACAGGAAGAGGUAUCUUGACAUCCAUUUUUCCCAACAGCACCCUCAGCCAGUCAAUCUCACAAACCAGUAGAGCUAAUGCUUUGUACUCUACUUCAGACGAUGAUCUGGAGACUGUUGUUUGCUUCUUUGUUUUCCAGGUCAUAAGAGAGCUCCCAAGAAAGGCGCAGUACCCUGUUGUUGAUCUCCUGGUGUCUGAGCAGCUGGCCCAGUCUGAAUCAAAUAAUCCCACAAGCUUCAAGUCUGCCUUACUGCUGUAGUAGAUACCUUGAUCUGGACAGGAUUUGAGAUAUCUUAGUACUCUGUAGGCUGCUUGUAAAUGUCCUGAGUAGGGUUUCUUCUGAAACUGGCAUAAUUGCUGAACUGAUUAUGUCAAGUCAGGCCAUGUUAUGGUUAUGUAAUGGUCGGCGAGGAGACGACCGUCUCGGCCCCGGGUUCGCACACCAAUCGCCUGAUUGGCAACUCGCCGCCAAGGAGAGAUGAGACGACGGGUAGGAUGACGGUACCGAAGAGGGUGGCGGAGUUGGGCUGGACUAAUAGCCAUCGGGAGGGCACUUCAUGGCUGAUGUUGAAGACAGCGGAUCAGGAGGCGGAGCACGAGAUCGGCGCGGCACCUCGGGCCAUCGCUGAGGCAAGGGCGACGUCUGAAAUGGGCAAACCUCUGGUUUGUUGGACGACUACAGAGGAGGACGCGAGGAAGAAGAUGACGGAGACCGUCGUGGCAGCGUCGGCCAUCGAGAAGAAAGAGGAGUCGGAGACGCGACUGGGGUCGCCGCCGAGAGAAGAAGUGCCGGUGAGAGAGCCGCUGGUGGAGUACGAACCGGAGGUAGAGAUGGUAGAUCGAGAGGAUUCUCCGGAGAUGCAAGUCGCUCGGAUGUCGCGACCUGCUCCAGUCGGGGUGACGACGGAGCUGAAGACACCGGCGGCGGAGUCAGGGAAGCUGUUGACGAAGUUGGAAUCGCCAGAGCAUGAAUCGAAGAUGGUGUCGAGAAUUGGCUUGCUCGCCGGUUGUCGGGCGAGCAGUUCGCCACCGAGAGAGGAAGGGCCGGAGAAGAAGGGUGACUCGCCGACCGAGAAAAAGCUGGUGGUGAGUCGAUCGCCGGUCGAUCCGCCGACGAGGAAAGGCUGGAAGUUGGGACGAACGAAGGGAGGCGGCUGUAGCGAUCCUUCCCCUGCAACCGUAGGCCGCAUGACGCAAAUGGAGUCCAGGCCGCUGGGCCGGGUCAUUUGGGCCAUCUGUUCCAAAGAUUCAACUAAGGUGGGUGUCGGUCAAGGGCAGGGCUUCGCUAAACUUCAUCAGGUGAGUUGGGCCAAGAAAGAACUAGAAGCGGGGCAGCAAGGAGGAGGAAAGCUUGGAGCGAGCUGGGCAGUGUAAGCCGCCGAACGGGCCACAACUUCAGCUCGAGCAGGCUGCAAAUGAAAUUAGAUUGGGCCGAGGCUAGACGAUAGUGGGCUGUGGGCCGUAUCAGCUGGAAGGAAUAAAACGUAAGUUGGCCU